UACAGGACCCUUGGGUGGUUUAUCGGUGUUCAGCCAGCAGGAAAUGGGUGAGCGAAGAGAUGGGAACAGAGCUUCCAGCGUGUGUCCCAGUCUGUGGGAUCCCCAGUACACCCAUCCUGGAGCUGCAGAGGAUUUUUGGGGGCACCCGUGCUAAGCCAGGCAACUUCCCCUGGCAGGUCUUAUUCCAAAACCCACGGGGAGGUGGGGUACUUAUUUCGGACCUCUGGGUGCUGACUGCAGCUCAUAUGCUGGAUGAUUCAAAUAGCAAGCCCACAAUGUAUGCUGGGGUAACCAACAUCAACCAACAGCUCCAGAGGGAGGAGCCCAUACAGCUGUUUGAAGAAGAAGUGUUCAUUCACCCUAACUGGACAAAGAUGGUAAACCCAGAAGCUCGGACAAAUUUUGAUAAUGACAUUGCACUGCUGAGGCUGACGGCACCUGUGAAGAUGGGCCCCAAGAUCUCACCACUCUGCCUCCCUGGUGGUUCCCCAGAAUAUGAGCUGGAGAAAGGCAGACUGGGCUACAUAUCUGGCUGGGGCCGGACAGAGGACCGAAACAGAGUUUACCAUCUCAUGAAGGCGCAGAUCCCCGUGGUGGACAUGGCACAAUGCCGUAGUGUGAAGCCGAAGCCACCUGCUGAUUACAUCACUUUCCAAUUCACUGACAACAUGGUCUGUGCUGGAGAUGGCACAAAGGACAGCUGUUCCGGGGACGGUGGCGGAGCCUAUGCUAUCAAAGACCCCCACAAUGACAGACAGUACUAUGUGGGUGGCCUGGUCUCCUGGGGACAAUGGUGUGGCACAUAUGGCCUUUACACCAGAGUGGGGCGCUACCGGGACUGGAUCAUAGGGACCAUGAGCCGAUAUGAGGAGGCAGAGGGAUCACACAGAUAGAUCCUUCUCACCCUAGGGCACUGACAUCUCACCAGGUGUUGAGGUCACAUGUCCCAGCAGAUUGGCUGCCCUUUGAUCCCAUCGACUCUUUGUGCAACAGCCCAACUGCAUUCUGGCUGUGCCAGAGUAGGGAGUCAGAAACAAUGUGUUAUCUAUUCCAUUGUAACUACAUCAUCUCUCUUCCUUCCUUCACUGGAAUUGCCAGGGCAGGAGCAGAGAGCAUGCUGGGUAAAGAGGCCCCCUUUUACCUUUACCCAUCAUAUUCUUUGCUCAAAUUCCUUGGUUUUCAGAGAGAAGCUAGCCAUGCCCCAUCCGCAUGAUAGCUCUGAGGCUGAAACCCAUCAGUGGGGGCAAUAGAGGGUAAUUGCUGGUCCACAAGGACUAGGUUCAGAGCCUGGCCAACCAAUAGAAGAGGGGCUGCUCCUUCUCC